AUGGUACGCCGAGAUCGCCUCCGCAGGAUGAGGGAGUGGUGGGUUCAGGUGGGGCUAUUGGCUGUGCCCCUGCUGGCGGCCUAUCUGCAUAUCCCCCCUCCCCAGCUUUCUCCUGCUCUUCACUCAUGGAAAUCGUCAGGCAAAUUUUUCACCUACAAGGGACUGCGCAUCUUUUACCAAGACUCUGUGGGUGUGGUUGGAAGUCCUGAGAUAGUUGUGCUUUUACAUGGCUUUCCAACAUCCAGCUAUGAUUGGUACAAGAUUUGGGAAGGUCUGACCCUGAGGUUUCAUCGAGUGAUUGCCCUUGAUUUCUUGGGCUUUGGCUUCAGUGACAAACCAAGACCGCAUCACUACUCCAUUUUUGAGCAGGCCAGCAUUGUGGAGGCACUUCUGCGGCACCUGGGGCUCCAGAACCGCAGGCUCAACCUGUUGUCUCACGACUACGGAGACAUUGUUGCUCAGGAGCUGCUCUAUAGGUUCAAGCAGAAUCGAUCCGGUCGGCUUACCAUAAAGAGUCUCUGCCUGUCAAACGGAGGUAUAUUUCCUGAGACUCACCGUCCUCUCCUUCUCCAAAAGCUUCUCAAAGAUGGAGGCAUGUUGUCACCCAUCCUCACUCGAUUGAUGAACUUUUUUGUAUUCUCCCGAGGUCUCACCCCAGUCUUUGGGCCGUACACCCGCCCCUCUGAGAGUGAGCUGUGGGACAUGUGGGCAGGGAUUCGCAACAACGACGGGAACUUAGUUAUCGAAAGUCUCUUACAGUACAUCAACCAGAGGAAGAAGUUUAGAAGACGCUGGGUGGGAGCUCUUGCUUCUGUAACUAUUCCCAUUCAUUUUAUCUAUGGGCCACUGGAUCCCGUAAAUCCCUAUCCAGAGUUUUUGGACCUGUACAGGAAAACGCUGCCGCGGUCCACAGUGUCGAUUCUGGAUGACCACAUUAGCCACUAUCCACAGCUAGAGGAUCCCAUGGGCUUCUUGAAUGCAUAUAUGGGCUUCAUCAACUCCUUCUGAGCUGGAAAGAGUAGCUUCCCUGUAUUACCUCCCCUACUCCCUUAUCUGUUGUGUAUUCCACUUAGGAAGAAAUGCCCAAAAGAGGUCCUGGCCACCAAACACUAUUCUCUCACAAAAGUCCACCUGACGCACAUUGGUGAUCAGCGUAUAGUAAAAAGCCCGCAGAAGCUCCGGUUAAGGAUGGCCCUAACAGUCCACCUCCCAUUCUUCUCACAUCUGAGCAAGUUUAUGGACUUGCCUUUGCGCUAUUAGGAAUUUCUUAAAAGUCUUAACACUUCUAUGGACUUUUCUGAAAUACCUAGAAAUGCUCAUU